GGCGAGAGCAAGUUAGAUAGAUUAGGGCACGUUACGCUCUGGACCCGUUACAGGAUGUUCCAAAGAAAGAAAGACAACAAAAGAUUUAUGUUUUUUAUUUCUUUGGAAAUUUCCUAAACAUCUGCUCUUUAUUCUUUUUGUUGUUUCUUAAUUCUUCUUCUUCUUCUUCUAUCUUUCCAUCCUUCCAUGUUAGUUUGCUUAAGCAAAAAAGAAAAAAAUCAUACAUGUGGUUAGGGUUUUCUCAUGUUUUUCUUUUUCUACUUUUAACUGUCUAGCAGUAAACAAUUUUCUUGUUAGGAGUAUCUUUGUUGGGGAAUCCGAGAGCACUCGAGAGACUAAUUCUUGUACUUUUCCUUUCUAGAAACAGGAGUCAGAAAAGGCAGUUUACUGAUUAAAGUAGUCUUUAUUGUUGAUUUUGAUUGAUCAAACGGCUCUUUCUCACCUUCUCAAUCUUUCUCACUAUAUUUUGGUAUCUGGGCUAGGAUCAUCUAGCUAGUUCUUUGGUUUGUUCUUGUGGAAGCUUGAGGCAGUUUGGAUUUAGCGUAUCUAUUUCUGUAUCGGGAUGUCUCAAGAGAUCAUGGAAAGUAGGAUGGUGAUCAAUGAAACUAGUAGUGCCUCAGAAUCCACUCAUGACACAACUUACACCAAGAUUUUUGUUGGAGGAUUGCCCUGGGAGACUAGAAAAGAUUCCUUGCAGGGUUAUUUUGAGCAGUUUGGAGAGAUUAUAGAAGCAGUUGUCAUCGUUGAUAGGAGCACAGGAAGAUCUAAAGGAUAUGGCUUUGUAAAUUUUAAGGAUCCUGAUUCAGCAACAAGAGCUUGUCAAAAUCCAUAUCCUGUUAUUGAUGGAAGGAGAGCCAACUGUAAUCUUGCAGCCUUUGGUGCUAAAAAGAAAGCUGCAGGAAUUGAUAGACUUGGACCUGCAGCACCAAGAUUCAUGGCACCAUUAAACAUUCAUGGCCCUUCUGCAUACUUCAAUCAACAAAUGCCUCAAUAUGCAUCUCCUUAUUCAGUUUAUGGGUAUCCUAUCCACCCACAGGACACUUCUGCAAUGAAUAAUUUUUACAAUGCAUAUGGAGGGAAACAGUUUCCAUUCUAUUACCCCGCCGCGGCAUCAGGGUCCCCUGGAGUCUACCUGAAUUAUUACCCAUUCUAUGCUCAACAUGGACAGAACAGCCCAAGUUACUACCCCAGAGUGAUACAGAACUCUCAGCAAUACAAUGCUUUUGGGACCUUAUCAAAUCCUACUUCAGCUUCCUCACUACCAAAUACCAAAGCAACAGAAGCAAGACCUGCCGCGAUAGCAGAACAACAGCAAUGAGAGUACCAAUAACUUCAUCUGAACAGAAGUCAUGGGCUUAUUUCUUAUAGUAAAAUUAGUUCACACCAUUUCAGAGUCAACAGGAUGUAACAGAAAUAGAUUCCAUAGAAGAAACUUCUGCUGCUCUGCAGGUUCUGUAUAGUUUCCUCCUUGAAGACACACACACACCAUUCAUACAUUUUGUCUGUCAUUGAUGGUUUAUCAUAGUAGUAUCUUCCCUUUCUGCUUUAAAUUUGUUCUUUCUGAGAUGCAAUAUGCCAUGAAAGUUUAUAUUC